GCAAUGGCCACCUCCGCAGAGCCUAAACUUUCGCCCACGAUUCGACAGGGCGUGCUAAACCUCCCGGGGGCAACGUUCGAGACGCAGCGCACCGCCGAGCGGCUGCUCGCCGAGGACCGCGAGCGGCACCACUGCUUCUGGGGCCGCGUCGGGUUCCACAACCACCUCAGCCACCACAUCCUCGCAGCGUACGACCUUGGUGCGCCGGCGGCGCUGCUGCAGAAGAUCUUCGAUGCGGAGAGCAAAGAGCCGUGGGACCUAUACACAAUGAACCGCACCGAGGGGGGCGCGGUCGAGCCGCUGCAGGAAGAAGUGUCUGCGGAGAACUGGACGAGGUUCUUGGGUGACGGAAAAUACUACCCGAGCUACCUCGCCUUCUUUACGCGCGAGGUCGUGGCUCACGGCACGGGCGAGACUCUGGAGAAGUAUAUCUUCGCGCCUGCGGCCAACGGGAACGGGGCACAGAUGCUGUUGCGGUUCAUCGGGGGAGCCCUGCACCCGCUGAUCCAGAUGGGGUAUGCGGUCGAGUUCGGCAGUGACCCCAUGGUCGCGCAAGCUCUGGCCCAGACGGCCGUCCACGAUGCGUUCCAGCCGGAUCUAUUCGACCUCACAAGCGCGCCUCCCCCUCAAGACACACUCACCUACAAAUCGACAGAUCACACUCACCGCCAGCCCUCCAAAGGCCAUUCCCUCCUCUCCAUCCUCCGCCAAGCAUACGACUCCGACAUCAUGAAGCCCGUCAUGCCCUACGAUCCCGACGCGCUUCUCUCUGCGCGUCUCCGCGCAGCCUGCGCCGACGGCCGCCCCGCCGAGAUCCGCCGUCUGUCCGCUCUCUGGCAGAUCGACACAGCGCGCGGACAGGCGGAGCUUGACGACAAGGCCGAGGAGCUCCUCUGGGCGGCGACGCUGCUGCUCGUCGGCUCGGGAAGGCGCGGACGCGCGCCGCGACUCGAUUUCUUCCUUAUGCACAUGCUGAACGCGUCGCUGUUCGUGCCGUCGCUGCUCAAGGCGGUGCCGAGUAUGGAGUCGCGGGCGACGCUGCUGCGCGCGCUGGUCCCGGUGCUGCUCAUCUACCUCACUGUGCGCGGGCGGCCGCGCAUCGACGCGGAGCUCGCGAUGUCGUACACGGACGCGCCGCGCGCGCCGAAUGAGCAGCGCCUGCAGCCGGACGCGUCGGCGAUCGGAAGUCCGCAGGAGCCUGCAGACUUCAAUCCGUGGCCUGCGAUGGUGGCAUCGGUGGUGUACGCUCCGGACGCGCACACGCUGAAAGCUGUGAGGACGAUGUACUACGCUGCGCAGCGGUAUGGCCGUACCCCGCCGGGUGGCGCGAUUGGAGCAUUCGACACGGAGGGACGCGAGACGCACGCUGGUAUUGCGAAGGUCGAUGGGUCCAUCUUCGUGCGCGCGGCGGGGGUGGUGAUGGAUACGCUUGGGUGGGUCACUCAUGGGCAGAAGGAGGGAUCUUGGGAUAGGAGCGCGCUGGGAUGGGAUGAUGCGUGGAAGAACGAAGACUGAGACGACACGCGCUGUUGAAGCUGUAUCCCUUGCUCGUCAGAGCAAGGAUCUCCACCCUCAUACGAGGGCCUCAAAACCGUGCGCUACGUCAUUG